AGGUAUUAGGUGAUAGCAUUCUUCGUAUUAUAAUUAUAAUAUUAUAAUAUUUUCCACAAGCUCUUCCUCAAACCAGUAUUGAGAGAUUUUCGCCCCUCCCCGUUAUUUGCUUUGUACGGUUUUUAAUUCCUCACAUUAGGUCACGUUAAAAUCUGAUUCAAAUCAAUUUCCACACGCUAAUAAUUGAUUAAUUCAUUUAAAUUAAAUUAUGAUCUGCGCUAUCCUCAAUUCUUCUGAUUUUCGGUUGUUACCAUUUUGCCUCCAUAAUACUCCACCAUUGUUACACGAUUAGCAUCUUACUAUUAUUCUACUCAUAUUUUCAAUUAUACGUUUACGAUAUCAAACCAUCAUCGUUCAACUGUCUCUAUUAAUACCAUAACAUACAUUUGAGAUGGACCUCAACACAAAACCGUUGGCAGAGUUGUUGGAAGUCGAUGAAGCUGGCUUCCACUUGUGUAACGAGGUUGGUCAUAGUGAAUCAAACAACGAUAUAGGAGAUCUCAGAACAACCGUUGAUGAGGGUCCUGUUGGUGAGAAUCCUAGGGAGGGUAUGUGCUUCGGCGCUGAUCCUGGCAAUGAGGAUCCCAGGGAGGGUAUGUGCUUUGGCACUCUUCUUGAAGCGCGCAAUUAUUAUCAUCGUUAUGCUGCAAAGAUGGGUUUUGUAGCUAAAAUAAGAAACACAAAUUAUGAGAAGCACAGCAAGGAUAAGAUUCCUAUAAAUCAAUCCAUACAUUGCAAUAAAGAUGGCCAUCGUAUAUCUCAGAAAAGGGCACCCAAGAGAGCAAAAACAAUCACAUCUGUAGGCUGCAAAGCACGUUGUUAUGUAAGGUUAGACAAGUCCACAGGUCUAUGGAAAGUUUCAAAGUUAGAAUUGUCUCACACACACCCGCUUAAUCCAAAGCCUUCAGCCAUCCUCGAGAAUAGAGAGCUCUUUCUGCACACGAAAGAUCUGAUACAGCGUAAUGAUGAAGUCGAUAGACAACCCAACAAGACCUUUCAGGCAUCGACCAUGGAUAUGGAUAGAAAAAUUUCUAAUCUCAAUGCCAUUCAUCAGAGUCUUCUUACCCGCUGGACUGCUGAAUCAGCCAGAGAACAGGGAUCUUCAUCAGCUACUCCUUCCGAUGUCAUAAUUAAAGAUGAGACCCCAUUUCCGGUUAAUAAUCAAACUCCUUCCGAUGUCAUAAUUAAAGACAAGUCCCCAAUCCUGGUUAAUAUUCAAAAUAUUCCUGAAGAGCCAUCGCCAUCACCACUUCAUUCUCUUCCAGAAAAGAAUAGAAAAAAAGGCGAAGAUACUGAGGCAGGUUGUGCUAGUGAAGUGGUGUCCGACCAUGAUUUUGGUUUCGUGUUAAAGAAUACUUUUGAUGCAGGUGGUUUUAUCGACCAGUACCUUCUGAAUUCAUCAACUGUGGAGGUGUUGGAAAAUAUUCCUGCUAAUGAGAACAUUAGUAGGAUGCAGCGAAUGCUCCUAAAAUCGGCAAUCUUAUGUCGCGACAUGGAGAGGAGCUUUUCCGAUUUGCAGAAGUUGAAGGAGAAGCUUGUUGCUAAAGAAAAAGAGAUAGCUUUUCUCACUGCCCAAAAUAUUGAGCUAUCGAGUAAAACUAUUGAAUUGUCUUCUCAAGUGUCAAGGUUAGUAGAGGAGAAAAAGACAAUAUCUUGUGACCUGAAAGCUUCUGAAAAGAAGGCCUCGGAGUUCAAGAGGAGCUUGGAGAUUUCUAGGGACGAAAUGGGUAUUUUGAAGGAUAACUAUAAAAAACUUGGUAUAGUAGUAUUGGAGGGAGUGACUGAUGUUGAGAAGAAUAUCAAGCAGCAAAUUCAGUUGUUGGCUCCCAACUUGGAUAUUUCUAAAGUUGGGGCUUAUCGUCAUGUUGUAAACGGUCAAAUUGUUGACCUUCUUAACUAGUGAAUUUGUGAUUGUAAUAGUUUAAGCUUUUCUCUUUGUUUUUGUUUUCAAUG